CUUCUUCUUUUUCAUCGCUAUUUUUCCAGCGCUCUUCUGAAAGCGGGCGCCCUGGAAAGAUGCCCCGCUGGAGGCUGGCGCGGAGGCCGGGGCUUUGCCGCUGACCACCCGCUCCCUUCCCCCCCCGAGAAAAAAAAGGGGUGGGGGAGAGAGAGAGCCUGGAAGAGGAUUAACGUGGGGAGGGGGCGAGGCUGGCGACUUUGGGAAACUUGCGCGUCCUCUCCAGCAGCCGCCGCGGGGUUUCGGGAGCAUGGCCGCGCAGCUGACUCCCGAGGAGGAGCAGGCCACGAAGCAGUUCCUUGAAGAGAUCAACAAGUGGACGGUCCAGUAUAAUGUCUCGCCUCUCUCCUGGAACGUCGCGGUCAAAUUCCUCAUGGCCAGAAAAUUUGACGUCCUCCGAGCGAUUGAACUCUUCCAUUCAUACAGGGAAACGAGGUUGAAGGAAGGAAUCGUGAAGCUGAAACCCCACGAGGAACCCUUGCGGUCCGAACUCCUGAGUGGAAAAUUCACCAUCCUGAGUGUGCGAGACCCCUCGGGAGCAUCGAUCGCCCUCUUCACCGCUAAGCUGCACCACCCCAAUAAAAGCGUCCAACACGUGGUGCUUCAGGCGCUCUUCUACUUGCUGGACCGGGCAGUGGAAAGCUUUGAAACUCAGCGGAACGGCCUGGUAUUUAUAUACGACAUGGCGGACUCCCAUUACUCCAACUUUGAGCUGGAUCUCAGCAAGAAGAUCUUAAACCUCCUCAAGGGAGCCUUUCCAGCACGCCUGAAAAAGGUGUUCAUCGUAGGAGCGCCCAUGUGGUUUCGAGUUCCUUACUCCAUCAUCAGCUUGUUGCUGAAAGAGAAAUUGCGAGAAAGGGUUCAGAUGGUCAAGAUGUCAGAGCUCAGGCAGCACCUUCCUCACGAAUGCCUCCCCGAAUACCUGGGGGGCUCUCUCAAACUGGACCCCCUCAGCUGGAACUGCAGGUUUCUCCCACAGCAGAACGGUCACCCGGACCCUCUGGACGAGCUGAUCCUGGUGCCGCUGGCUCCCCCCCGAGACAACGGCUCCGUGCACGUCCCAGGUCCCAAGGCGAUGACUCUUCAGGAGCUGCUGGAGCACGUCAACCAGAAGCAGAAGCGAGGAAUCUACGAAGAAUAUGAAGGCAUUCGCCACCGAAGCCCUGCGGGCACAUUUGGUUGUUCUUUAGCACCUUUGAACCAGGAGAAGAACCGAUAUGGGGAUGUUCCCUGCCUUGACCAAACCAGGGUGAAGUUGUCCAAACAGUUCAACUACCAGGAACUGACCGACUACAUCAACGCCAGCUACAUGGACGGUUACAAGCAAAGGAACGCUUAUAUCGGGACUCAAGGGCCAUUAGAAAACACAUACAAUGACUUCUGGCGCAUGGUGUGGGAGCAGAAUGUGCUGGUGAUCGUGAUGACCACACGGAUUGAAGAAGGAGGCAAAAGGAAGUGUGGUCAAUACUGGCCAUUGGAGAAGGACUUUCAGAUCUCCUAUGGAGCCCUAACUGUCACCAACCUUGGGACAGAGAACCUCAGCCAUUACAAAAAAACACUCCUGGAGAUGUACAACUGUGAGACCCGGGAGAGGCGCCUUGUGACCCAUUUCCAGUACGUGAGCUGGCCUGACUACGGCGUCCCUUCCUCAGCAGCAACGCUCAUUGACUUCCUGGGAGCCGUCAAGCAGCAGCAGAGGGUGGCCGUCAGUGCCUUGGGACCACGCUACAAAGGCCACCCUGGUGGGCCACCCAUCGUGGUACACUGCAGUGCCGGUAUUGGGAGGACAGGUACUUUCUGCGCGCUGGACAUCUGUCUGUCACAAAUACAAGAUGUGGGUACCCUGAACAUUCACCAGACGGUGGUGCGGAUGAGGACACAACGCGCCUUUAGCAUCCAGACUCCCGAGCAGUAUUACUUCUGCUACUUGGCCAUCAUCGAACACGCGCAGAGAGAAAACCUGCUCUCCUACUCCCAUCCCAGGAUGGGUCUGGAGAAGAGCUAAUCUGUCAGAAGGUCUGGAAGCUCACCGAGGUCUAAGCCACAGCAGGAACGACUAAGCUGUCCAAUCUCUUCCUUCCCCCCUUUCUUCUGCCCCUCAUCCUGCUCAACAACCAGGCUUCAUUGGAGCUUUCAGGUGGACCCAGCCAGCAGCAAGCCCAUCCUCCGCCACCAAGGUUGGGGGGCGUUUUUCUUGGACUAGCUGGCGGUGAUGAGCCAUGAUGAGCAGCCCCGGACAACCACGCCUUGACUGACCUGUGCCUUAUUGAAACAAAACACACAAAGAAUGAAAGAAACCCGUGGGCCUGCCUUGCCCUGGAGGUCAAUGGGCUGGAGGUCUGACCCCUCCUCACGGAGUCUGUCCUACAAGAGGCCGGGACGGAGGAACCACCCAGCGCUUCAGUCUUAAUGGCCACGAAGCCUGCCCGUGGGUUGCCUGUACGUCCAUGCAACGUAACCGGGAUUCCUGUUUAUAUAGAUGUAGCGGCUUCUAGCCAAGAUUCAGUAGAGCCUCCUGAGGGGCAAUGUCCAGUGCUACUGCCAAAGUUAGUGGCUCUCUCCCCCCCCCCCUUUGCCCAGAUCUGCCCCACCCGCCUGCCCGCCCGGGUUGGCUGCAGAAUUCAAACACGCACACUCACAAGGAGCUUUCACCCAAAUGCCUUGAAGGAGGGCACCCCCCCCUAACAGAGUGGUGUCGCUGCAGAAAAGGGGAAGCCAAACUGGUGUGGAUAGGAAAAGCUGGGAUUGAUUCUUCCUCAUCCUCCCUCGAUGGCCCUUGCAGAGGCAACAGCAAAGGGGGCUCACCCAAGCACGUCUUGGGAGCCCGCAGUGCUGGGCAGGAAAGACGGGGGGGGGGGGGGAAGGCCUGUGUGUUUGUCCCUAAGCCAGGAAUGCUAAGUGGCUGGUACAAAUAUGGCACCAGAAAAGGGGUCCAAAUCAGGGUGGAAGCCCCACAGGAUUGGAGCACAAGAGGCAGAGAGGGGCAGGGCUUUAAGCUGGAACAAUUCUCUUCCAUGGAGGCUCUUCUUCCAGAUGAAGCUGGGGAAGGGAAGAACGCUUUAAGGCACGAGAGACAGAGAAGGCUGUGUGAACGUGGGGCCCCAACAAUCUCCUUUCCUGUUUGUAGCACGUGGGGCCCAAGAGUGGCAAGGGUCUCCCAUCCCAGAGGCCUGUCAUCUCCCCACCCCCACCCCCACCCCUCUCUCUUUGCAGAGGAGGAGCGUCCACGUUUGAGCCAACCUCAGUAACUUUAUACUGGAACCGGAUCUUUGGAAUGUGUACAUUUCUUAUUUUAUUUUUGACAGCCCCUUCUCUUCUUUCCCCCUUUUGUUUUGUAUUUAAUCUUAACUUGCUCGAGUCCAAGUUGGGAAUAACUGUAAAUGUUCCUGGUCGCUGUUUCACAGCGCGUUAUGGUCUCUCUUCUUUUUUCCUUUUUUGUAUUCACAAAUAAAUACACCUACAACCCACAAA